AUUAGGAAGAUCAAUUAAAGAAUUAUAGAAUAGAGAAGCUGAAUUGAGCGAUUAAUUAGUAUAGACAUAAUAAUUAAGAAAGAAAAGAUUUGAUAAAUUAUUUUGAUAGAGUAGAAAAGGAGAUAAAAAUCUUGUAUUAAAAAUUAACAGAGAAUUAAAAUGGAUUUGAUGGAACAGUUCUUUUAUAUAUGGAAAAUAAAGAAGAACCAUUUGAAGGAGGAUUGAUAUACACUCCUAAUCCACCAAAUAAAAAAUAUAUAUUUGAUAAUUCUGAACAACUUUCUGGAGGAGAAAAGGCUAUAGCUUCUAUUGCUCUUUUGUUAGCAUUAAAUGCUGCUAUUGAUGCUCCAUUUAUUCUACUUGAUGAAGUUGAUGCUCGUUUAGAUUAAGAUAAUGCUGAUAAGUAAUACAUUUAUUUAAAAUAUUAAUAGAUUAUAAAAAAUAGUAAAAUUAUUGUCAAAUUAAAUAUAGUUUAUAUUGAUAAGUCAUAAUCCUGAUGUAUUUGCUCAUUCAGAUUCUCUUGUUGAAGUUACAAUAUAACAUUCCAAAACUACAAGUGAAGCUUUUUCAUUAUUACUAUGA